AUGGAACAGGAACCUCAAAUUAGUUCCGAGGAGCACUUUCGCCGAUCCCACCGGAUCAUCAAAUUUCUUGCGAGCGGCAGCAACGGAUCGUGUCAUCUGACAAUAGCACGUGACGACUUGGACAGGAUUCGUACGGCCUACCAAUGCCAUGGCUCCAGGGACAAGCUGUGCAGCAACCUGCGAGAAUGUCUCGUAGUGGUCAAAUUCUACACUCCUCACAGCUUGGACGGUUUCGAUCUUGAAAACGAAGUCGCAUUGUUGGAGAUGCCCGUGCUACGGCACAAGCCUCAAAUCACCAGCCUGAUCAAUUUCUUCCGGGAGGAUACAUGCCAGUGGAUGACUAUGGAAUACGUUCCAGGGUCAACGUUGACAGCUCUCGUCAAGAACUGUUACCAGCACAUACAUCUGGGACUGCAGUGGCACAUUGCUUUGCAGAUCGCCAACGCUCUUCUCCUGUUCCACUGGGGUAUCACUGACUCAGAAGAUAUGACACCCCAUUCGAAGCACUACCCGAAACUUACUUACAUGGACAUGCACGGCGGCAAAUUCCUUCUGGGCUUCGACGUGGUACUCUCCGAUUUUGGGAGAAGCUGGGAAUACGAUGAAUCCAGACCCCACGAUCCCGACACCCCAGGGCGUUUCAGAGCUUGUCGCCGGCAGGACUACGAGAAGCUGGGUUGCAUGAUGCAAAAAAUCUUCGUGACAACAAAGGUGGGAAAGGUCAACAGCAUUUGCAAGCAUUGUGGCUGCUCCACGUGUCGUGCUUGUCCAGACUUCAACUGUAAAGGCUGCUUCAGGGUCGCUUCGGGUCCUAGUGUGCGUCCUCAGCUAAGUGUCGAAGAAAGGCAGUUUCUGAGCUGGGCCAAGAAGCUUAGGCGCUCUGUGGCGGAGACGGAGGAAGAUUUGGCGGCACUUUUGAAGCAGUUCACAGAUGUCGCAAGGACGCAGCAGCGCUGGGACGUACCGCUCAUCAUGCCAAGCGAGAUAUAG